CAUUUGAAGUGUGUCUCAGGAGAGCAAAGGAAAUAGCAGUUUAGAUUUGGAGGAUUUUUUGUUUUAAAGCAAGGGGAAUAGUGGUUUGGGGACAAAUCCUGUAGCCUCUGGAGACAGGGUGGCGAGUUUAUGCUGGCACAGAAAGAGGAGACGUCUCGCCUGUGCUCAGGAGGCCAAACAACCCACAGUUGGCAGAGAGACGAGGAUGUUUUCUCGGAAGCGUAGCUUUACCUUUGGAGUCUGUGAAGGGAGGACUGAUGAGGCAGAGCGCUGCAUCAGUGACACCUUAGAUUCACCUGUCCAGGAUCCUCAGGCUGCCCUUAAUCCAGCUGUUCAAAAUAAGGCAGUGGAUUUGUUUGAAAUGAUUGAAAAAAUGCAGAAAAGUCGUUUGGAUGAGCAAAGGUGUUCACUUCCAGCUCCACUCAAGAGAGAAGAGGAGUACAUCCCAUACCCAAGCAUCCAUGAGGUGUUACGCAGAGGGUGGCCCUACCCUCUCAUUAUCUUACCCCAGUUUGGGGGCUAUUGGAUCGAAGGGACCUCUCACAACCUUCCCAUCUCAGGCCCAGAAUUGCAUGACCUGCCAUCCCCUUGCAGUGGCAAAGUGAAGCUGGAGUGUGACCCAACAGCUAAGUUGUACCGCAAGCACUUCCUGGGAAAGGAACAUCAUAAUUUUUAUGCCAAUGACACAACUUUGGGCUACUUGGUCCUUUCCGUGAAGUAUGAACAAGUCGAAAAGCAAGACAACCUCCGCUUGCUUCUGAGGUCUCGAACCAGUACCAAGCACGACUUGAUUCCUAUUUCUUGCCUGAAUGAGUUUCCCAAUGCUGUCCAAAUGGCAAAGCUGCUGUGUGAGGAUGUGAAUGUUGACCGCUUCUUUCCAGUGCUCUAUCCCAAGGCUUCCCAACUCAUUGUUGCAUUUGAUGAACAUGUCAUCAGCAAUAACUUCAAGUUCGGAGUCAUCUACCAAAAACCUGGGCAGACCACAGAGGAAGAAGUCUUCAGUAAUACUGAAGAGAGUCUGGGCUUCUUAGAGUUUUUGAAUAUCCUUGGAGACAGGAUCCAGUUGCAGGAUUUCCGUGGCUUCCGAGGUGGCUUGGAUGUUACUAGAGGUCAAACAGGAUCUGAGUCUAUCUACACACAUUUCCGGGGCAAAGAGAUCAUGUUCCAUGUCUCUACGAUGUUGCCCUUCACAGAGGGAGAUGCCCAACAGCUUCAGCGGAAGCGCCACAUUGGGAACGAUAUCGUGGCCAUUGUCUUCCAGGACGAAAAUACUCCCUUUGUCCCCGACAUGAUUGCGUCAAACUUCCUGCAUUCCUAUGUGGUCGUGCAGCUCCACCACAACGCCCUGGGGGAGACUCUCUACAAGGUUUCUGUUACAGCCCGUGAUGACGUCCCUUUCUUUGGGCCUUCUCUGCCAAAUCCAGCAAUAUUCAAAAAGGGCACAGAGUUCCGUGAAUUUCUUCUGGCAAAGCUUAUAAAUGCAGAGCACAGCUGCUACCAUGCUGAGAAAUUUGCUAAGCUGGAGGAUCGUACCCGCAGUGCCCUCCUGGAGAGCCUUUAUGAGGAGUUGCAGAUUCGUAGCCGCAGUAUGAUGGGCUUGGCCUCUGGUGAUGAUGACAAAAUGGAGAAUGGGGGUGGCGGCUUCUUUGAGAAUUUCAAGCGGGUGAUCCGGGGCCGUAGCCAGAGCCUGGAUACCAUGGGCAUAGCCAUGAGGAAGCAGCACCAACAGCAGCAGCAGCAGCCAUCAACUCCACCCAAUCGCCCAGCUACUGCUGGCCUUGCCCUCAACCAGAGUGUCGCCGAAGGCACCAAGGCUAUUGCUGCGUCCUUUGCCCUACCUGGGAGAAGCCCGUCACGCAACCGAGGUAGCCGCUUCAAUGGCCGACGCAGUAGUGCAAUUGGCAUUGAGAACAUCCAGGAGGAGAAAAGCAAAGACAUUGCUGAAAGGAUACAGAAAGUGUUGGAGAGCACAGGGCCCUUCUUUGACCUCAAGUCGGACGGCUCUUCCAGUCCCAGCUCCCCAGAAUUCCCCAACAGGAAGAACAACAGAGCCCUCUCCGGUCAGACAUCAGGGUAUUGCGUGAUGCAGCCCUUGUCCCGUUCCUCGUCCAACGUGAGCAGCUGUUGCAGCGGAGUGAGAGAAAAUGAGACAUCGGAGGAGGAGGAGAACGAGGCGGAGUUGAUGUGUUCCCUUGAAGGUCCCCAAAAGCAGGAGUCCCUGACUCAGAGCGCGUGGUUAGAUGAUAGCGUCUGCACACCCAGCAGUACCAGCUCACCAGUAACUCAGCUGCUCCCUCCAAGCAGUGCUGCAGGCUCCAUGGAGAAGGGGAAAGGCAGCAAAGUGGAUGCUCAUCGUUACAGUCCAGCCUCCAUUUUGUGCUGUGUGUGAUGUCAUCGCUGGAGGGGUGUCUCAGUGCAUGCUGGGUAAUUCUCAGGAUUUGAUGCCAAAGUGAGACCUCAACAGCAGCUCACCCAGAUGUCCGGAGGAGUUGAAUGCUGGACUCCCCAAGAACGCCUGACCUGACCUUUCUGCUUCAUUCAGUGACAGCUGCACCACAGGCAGUAAGGAAACCAACCACAAAAGUCCAAAUCGUGGCAUUCGCUCACCCACAUGUGUCAUUCUAGUUCAGCAACCUCAGGAGAUCAGAAAGUCAAGAGGGGGGAACAGGGGUCUCCUGCCAUAGUUUCAGAAACAAACAAGAGGAGAGAGAUCUUUCUGUCUGUCCUCAUAACUGCUAAAAUUUAAAAACCCAAGAUGUGCCCCCACAGGGCCUUCUUAGAAAGGCUGUGUUUGUACCCAUUCUUCUGAGCACAGGCUUUAUAAAACUAAGGAAUGAAAGCCCUUAUCACUCUAAGGAUGGCACCUGGUAUGUGAGAGCUCCUCAACUGCUUUAUGCAGCGUAGGUAUCUUGUGCCAAAGUGCACAGGUGUCUGAUAGUGGGAGGGAUUUGUGUUCAUCUCAUCCUUCAUGGGAUUCAACAGGUCUUUGUUUGGUAUCUCACUGUACAACAGUCCCUCCAACCACUCCAUUCUCCCUUAAGUCUCUGUGCCAUCAAGAACCUAUAAAUGUGAAUUUGUGACCCUUGCUCCAUGCUUCUUGUGUCUGUGGUGUCUGGGCUUGCAAUAAAAGACUACUGUGACCAA